AUGCCCGACGCAAAGACCAAAAUCCGCCCCCAGCAAUCCUGUCUAAAAUGCCGUGAGCGCAAAGUGAAGUGCGACCGCUCCAUCCCCUGCAAAGCCUGCAUAGCCCGCGGCAUCGAAGCCGAAUGCACGUACCUCACAACAGCCGAAGACCGCGCCCACAUCAACCAAGCUGAGAUAAUUGACCGACUCCGCCGUGAAGUCGCCCAGUUGCGCGGGCGCCUGAAUCAACCGCCGCGAGAUCCGAGCAAGAGUCCCAGCCUGGGCAGUCGAAUGAGUCCGGGCUCCGAUCGCGAUCGGGAGCGGGAUGAGCGGAGACAAUACACGCCGGGGCCAGGGUUCGGCUCUGGGGCGGGAGCUGGCCCUGCGCAUGGAUAUUUGAAUCAAUACCAGUCUCAGUCUCAGCAAGGGAUUGUGGGAUAUGGAGCUGCGUACGGUUCGCGUGAUGCGCAGGGGUUUCUUACUGGACAUGGACAUGAUCCUGGGGAGGGGAGUUGGCGCGGGUCAUCGCCUUCUUCUACCAUGACUAGCUCGGCGACUGUUAUGAGUCCUGAGAGUACAGGGAGUGAGAAUGGAUCAGGGUUAGGUUCAGGUUCUGUCUCUGGGUCAGGAUCUGGCUCUGGGUUUCCUCUUGCGACAGGGUAUGUGCCGCAGGUUGCUGAUAUGGAUGGAUCGGGUGUCUCUGGUGAUGUUGUCCUUGGACGUUCAAUAGAAGACCAGAUGAUGUCGGGCUACUAUGCAGGCAGUCUUGGAGCUUCCUUUUCUCCGGGCGAUAUGUCCGGAGUCCCAGUGAUGGGUGUACCACCAAGCGGGCUACCUCCGAAAGAUGGGAUUGCGAGUUUACAUGCGCCAAUAUAUGGAGCCGAUGGGAUGGAGUAUAUGAUGACCGAGGCGGGUAAAGCUCUCCCGUACUAUCCUGACCAGAGCGUCAACUAUCCCAUACCAUCGGCACAAUAUGGAGAAGCAAUUCCUCAUUGGGGAGAUGGAUAUAGCCAACAAGGCCAAUUCCAACAAAUAUAUCCGCGUCAAACACCGUCUCAUUCUUCUAUCAACACAUUUGCCAAGACCUCGCACAUCAACAUCGCCACCAAUCCAAACACCUAUACAGAUGCACCACCCUUUCCAGUCCCAACACCGACGCCUGCGGUAGCUGCCGAUCCUUCCAUUCUUGCCAAUCCCACUUCCCAGCACAUCACCUCCCCAGCUAUCAUGGAUCAAAUCCCCAACUCCUGGAAAGGACAGGGAAAGCAGGAGCUCUUGGAGACGUUGCUGGAGACGAUCGGUAGCUGCGACGAACAGAGCGUCGCUCAGGUUGUACAGGUCGUCCGAACGAGCGCAUCACCCGAAGAGGCUGUUUCUGGGAUCUGUCGCGUUCUUGGAAUUGGGAGUGGGCAGUAA